UCCUUUCUCACUCUGCUCUUUUUUCUCUCUCCCCCUCACCAAACUGCAAACUCGAAGAUCCCCUCCUUUUCUCUUUCUCUUUCUCUUUCUCUCUCUAGAAGUUGAUAAAGUAAUAAUCAGCGGAUGUCGGGAGGAUAAUCAUCAAAUUUUGCCCUGAUUUUCACUGGGUUUUUGUUGGUUACUUUUUCUGGCUGUUUGUUGCGUGUUUUGGGAGAUGAACAACGAACGGCCGCCUGAGCCUCUGGAUUUCUUCAUCUGGACUGUUGAGGAUGUUGGUUUGUGGUUAGAAGAAAUAAAUCUUGGUAGCUACCGUCAAAUUUUUAAGGAAAAUGGUGUUAAUGGUGAGUACUUGGAGGGAAUGUCCAUGUUCACAACCGAGCAGAUACUCAGGUUCAUUAGGCGCUGCCACAUGAAAUGGGGGGACUUCAUCACACUUUGCAAGGAAUUGAGGCGAAUAAAAGUGGCUUGCUUGAAAGGGGAGCAAAAGGUCCGUAGGCCAUGGUGGGCCCCUUCCUGCUUGUCCGUAGUGUUUGUCAAGGCUGCUAAACGCAACAGACAGUGUCGUGUUGUGUCACUGAAGCUUGAACCAUGAUAGUAGACGGUACAUCCUGUACGUAUAUUUUACACAUUUUGCUUAGUGAAAAAAGGAUGAAGAGCAAGGAAAGCAUGACCAUGUUGUCUUCAAGUUGGGCGUAGUGUUGAGAAGCACACUUUCCAGGAAGUUCUCUAUAAAUGUAAGUGAUUUGUAGAUGUACCAUUUGUAUGUAUCUAAAGAAAAAGGAUGAUGUGGUUGCAAGGCUUUUUGAUUAAGCAAUGUAAACUUUAUCUGACGAAGAAACCCAUACAUACUACCCCUAGCCAUGCUUUGGCGUUUGCAUUC